GUUUGACUACAGAAAAUGGCAGAAUGAUGGUAUACCUAGACAAUAUAAUAAUGAUGGUAUACGUUUGAUAGGUUCUACUGCUCAGUUUUUAAUACAGUAUUAUAUUAUCGAAUUCUCAUAAUUUCAUCUAAUUUUGAGCUGGAUAGAGUGCUGAUUGAAAUAUCCAAAUUUCAGCCUUGUCACAAUCAGAAUGACUGAUAAUAGCGAUUUAGAUAGACAAAUUGAACAAUUAAAAAGAUGUGAGAUUAUUAAAGAAGCUGAAGUAAAGGCUCUUUGUGCUAAAGCCAGAGAAAUUUUGGUAGAAGAAAGCAAUGUUCAACGAGUUGAUUCACCCGUCACAGUUUGUGGGGAUAUUCAUGGACAGUUCUAUGAUUUGAAGGAGCUUUUCAAAGUGGGUGGUGAUGUUCCCGAAACAAACUAUUUGUUUAUGGGUGAUUUUGUGGAUAGAGGAUUUUACAGUGUGGAAACAUUUUUAUUGUUGUUAGCUUUAAAAGUUCGAUAUCCUGAUCGAAUUACAUUAAUAAGAGGAAAUCAUGAAUCAAGACAAAUUACACAAGUAUAUGGAUUUUAUGAUGAAUGUCUUAGAAAAUAUGGAUCAAUUACAGUUUGGCGGUAUUGUACAGAAAUUUUUGAUUACUUAAGUUUAUCCGCUAUCAUUGAUGGAAAAAUAUUUUGUGUACAUGGUGGACUAAGUCCAUCUAUUCAAACACUUGAUCAAAUACGAACUAUUGAUAGAAAGCAAGAGGUCCCUCAUGAUGGGCCAAUGUGUGAUUUGUUGUGGAGUGAUCCAGAAGAUACUCAGGGGUGGGGUGUGUCACCACGUGGGGCAGGAUAUUUAUUUGGUUCCGAUGUUGUAGCACAAUUCAACAGUUCUAAUGAUAUUGAAAUGAUAUGUAGAGCUCAUCAACUAGUUAUGGAAGGUUAUAAAUGGCAUUUUAAUGAAACAGUUCUGACUGUAUGGUCAGCACCUAAUUAUUGCUACCGGUGUGGAAAUGUAGCUGCCAUUUUGGAAUUAAAUGAACAUUUACAAAGAGAUUUCACAAUAUUUGAGGCAGCACCACAAGAAAGUCGUGGAAUUCCUUCAAAAAAACCUCAAGCAGAUUACUUUUUAUAA